AUGGAGCGUCUGAAAUCUCCUCCUCCUCUCAUGAUCGUCUCGGAUCUUGAUCAUACCAUGGUUGAUCAUCAAGAUUCUGAGAACCUCUCUCUUUUGAGGUUCAAUUCAUUGUGGGAAUACGCUUAUCGCCGUGACUCUCUUCUUGUCUUCUCAACCGCAAGAUCGCCAAUUCUUUACAAACAUUUGAGAAAAGAGAAACCUUUGUUGACUCCUGAUGUCAUCAUUACUUCAAUUGGAACCGAGAUAGCGUUUGGUAACUCCAUGGUUCCUGAUGAUGCUUGGGUUGAAUCCUUGAACAGCGAUAAAUGGAACCGUGAAAUAGUCUUGGAAGAAACAAGAAAGUUCAAUGAGUUAACUCUUCAGCCAAAAACUGAGCAGAGGCUACACAAGGUCAGCUUUUACAUUGAUGAAGGUCAAGGUGAAGCAGUGACCAAGGAACUAUCACAAUUGCUGGAGAAUCGUGGCUUGGAUGUCAAGAUCAUUUACAGUUGGGGAAAGAAUUUGGAUGUUAUACCGCGAGGUGCAGGAAAAGGAGAAGCCCUCGAGUAUCUUCUCAAGAAGCUGAACGCUGAAGGAAUAUUCCCGGUCAAUACACUUGCUUGCGGUGACUCUGAACAUGAUGCUGAACUAUUUAACAUUCCUGAUGUUCACGGUGUUAUGGUGAGCAAUUCCCAAGAAGAGCUAUUGAAGUGGCAUUCUGAAAAUGGUUUAAACAACUCAAAAGUUAUACAUUCAACCGAAAGGUGUGCGGAUGGGAUUAUUCAAGCCAUUGGUCAUUUUAAGCUUGGCCCAAAUCUUUCUCCAAGAGACAUUACUGAAUUCUUGAAUCGAAAGACGGACAAUGUGAAUCCUGGUCACGAGAUUGUGAGAUUUUACUUGUUCUACGAGAGAUUAAGACGCGGUGAGAUCAAGAACUAUGAGACAUACAUAGCCAGCUUCAAAGAGUCAUGUCACCAAGCUGCUGUCUUUUUCCAUCCAUCAGGUGCAGAGAAACCUCUGAGAGACACCAUUGAUGAGCUGAAGAAGUAUCAUGGAGACAAAAAAGGGAAAAGGUUUUGGGUUUGGGUAGAUCAGGUUCUGGUAAUAGACAAAACUCCGGGGAGAUGGAUAGUGAAGUUUGAUAAGUGGGAACAAUGCGAGGAUGAGCGUAAAUGCUGCACAACGACUGUCGAAUUCACUCCAAAGGGAGGAGGAGAUUUAGUGUGGGAGAAGGUGAAACAGAUAUGGUUGGAGGAAUCAGAUGAUAACAGUUGUUGGAUUAUCUGA